CUUGCGUCGCCGCCGUUUGUUUAACAAAAUGGCCGACUCCCUAGCGAAGUACGGUCUCUACGUAGACGAUCUUGGAAAGAUAUGUGUCCUGGAGCCAGAAGUGUCCAAUCAGACAAAUAAACUUAAGGAGGAAUGUAAAAAUUUUGUUUCCAAGAUCAGCGAGUUUCAAAACAACUCUGAUGAAUUCAUUCGAAUCGUGGAUACCUUGGCGACCGAGGUCGAGAAAGAGAAAAUGAGAACGAUAGGUGCCCGCAAUCUUUUACGUUCGGUAGCCAAGCAGAGAGACUCGCAAAAACAGCAAAUACAGGCGCUGAUUAUUGAGAAGUCUACAGAACUGGAGAGACUUAGAGUACAGUAUGAUUCUUUAAAAAGAAUUGAAAUGGAGCAGCUGGAAACUAUUGAUCAUCUAACGUCAAAUUAAUUAGAGAUUGAAGUUUGAUAAAAACUUUGAGAGAACUCGUACUUUUGACUGAGUAAUACAAGAUAUUUUUGUCAUAUGCAUAUAUAGGACUGUGGUUAUAAUGAAAUACACAAUUUGUCACUUUAGUUUACAUAAAUAAAUACAUAUUAAAUACAGGAAAUUAUACAAGAUAAAUCAAGAGCAGAUAAUGUAGUAUUGCGAUUGGAAUAAUACAUAUAUUAUAAAACAGGAUAGAUAUCGCGCAUAAAAUCAUGGAAAUAUUUUUACUAAAAAUUCAAUAAUUGAUACUGGCUGUCGCUAUUUCAUUUAACGUGAUAUAUCAUAAGAGUAAUAGAAAUAACGUAAAAUUCCACGACCCUUGAACUUGAAAGGCACAUUAGUUUUUAUUCAUUUUCUUUCAUACUUCAGCCAUUACUUCAUCAUGUUUAAACUUAAUUACCUACAAAUUACCAGCGCGGACUAACACGAGAUAAUUAAACUAACUGUUUUACGAAUUCGAGCAAGAAUAAUAUAUUCCCUGAAUGAAUUUAUCUGUUACAAUCAUAUACAUAUCAAUUCAUCGAAAGUAGAUCGAUUAAGGGUAACGAUAGAUCACUAAGAUGUGUUAGAAACAAUAAAAAUAAGUUCUAUAAUAUAAAAAUUAACGUGCUAAUUAUAAUGAGAACCGAUUUGUCCAGGGAAAUAGUAACGUUUUUUUUUUCUGUCAUAUUAAAAACAAAACUCAAUUACUCA